CUUGAAUUCAGGUAAUUUCCUUUUAAAAACGAAGAAGCUCCGUUCGCGUCACCUAGUCGAGAUUCAACAGCCAAGUUUCAUGUCUGAGAUCGACAUCCAGAUUCCCACUGCCUUCGAUCCGUUCGCUGAUGCAAAUGCUGAGGACUCCGGUGCUGGGUCAAAAGAGUAUGUGCAUGUGCGCAUACAGCAAAGGAACGGUAGGAAAAGCCUGACUACAGUUCAAGGUCUGAAGAAAGAAUUCAGCUACAACAAGAUCUUGAAGGAUCUCAAGAAGGAAUUCUGCUGCAAUGGUACAGUAGUCCAGGACCCAGAGCUGGGCCAGGUCAUUCAGCUGCAAGGAGAUCAGCGGAAGAAUGUUUCCACGUUCCUUGUUCAGGCUGGCAUUGUGAAGAAGGAACACAUCAAAAUACAUGGUUUUUGAGUGAAACCAUAUAUGCUCUUGCAUGAAAGCAAGAAAGAAGGGUAUUGUCGGGACACUUGGGAAUAUCUAUCUAAUAUAUAAAAAAGAUAAAAUAGCAGAAGUGUGUGAUAUUUAAAGAGAGUAAGAAGGGUCCCGGUUCUUAUGUCAGCAGUAACUAAUGUUAUGUGUGAAAACAUUAUUCCAUGGGAAUAUGUGGUGUGAGCUUUUAUCUAUUAUUAAUACGCCAAGAGCGCUUACUUCUA